UGGACUGCUUACGUGCUCCACAUUUGCCGAGGCGGAGAUCAUCGAGGCAACCAAAAAGCAACCCGGAUUGGUGACUCGCAAGAACGGCGAUCUGCUGGAAAAGGCCUAGGCAAGGUCUCACUGAACGACAUCGAAGCGGCACUGCCAUUCUGCACCCAUCUCGUCUACGGGUAUGCCGCCGUCGAUCCGGAAUCGAACAAAGCAGUAUCUCGCAAUCCAAACCUGGAUCUGGACACCGGAAAGGGAAACUUCCGACUGGUUACACAGCUGAAGCGCAAAUAUCCUGCCCUCAAAGUUCUCCUCGGCAUUGGCGGUUACCGUUUCUCGGCUCCGUCGCCCAAAUAUUUGGAACUGCUCGAGACAGAUGCCGCUCGUAUCACCUUCAUUAAUAGUGUUUACUCGCUGGUGAAGACGUAUGACUUCGAUGGCAUCGACCUGGCCUGGCAGUUCCCGCAAAAUAAACCGAAGAAAAUCCGUUCGACCACCGGAAAAUUGUGGCAUGGUUUCAAAAAAGUUUUUAGCGGUGACCAAGUGCUAGAUGAGAAGGCUGAUGAGCAUCGUGAGGAAUUUACCGCAUUGUUACGUGAGCUGAAAAAUGCUUUCCGUUCGGAUGGAUACCAGCUCGGACUCACGGUGCUACCGCACGUGAACGCCACCAUCUUCAUGGAUAUUCCGGCAAUCAUCAACUAUUUGGACUUUGUAAACAUUGACGCCUACGACAUGCAAACACCGGAACGCAAUCCUAAGGAAGCCGAUUUUGCUGCCCCUCUGUAUGAGUUGAACGAACGUGUUUUCGGAAACAACGUGGAUGGAUUGGUUAAACUUUGGUUGGCUAGCAACGCCCCAGCUUCGAAAUUGAUUGUAAGCAUUCCAACACACGGUCGUGGAUGGAAGAUGACCGAAGAUUCCGGAUUGACGGGUGUUCCACCGUUGACCGCUGAUGGAGCUGGACCGGCUGGACCGCAACUGCAGCAGGAAGGAUUCUAUAAUUGGGCUGAAACACCAACAGGGACCAAUACUGCUUACGUGCUCCACAUUUGCCGAGGCGGAGAUCAUCGAGGCAACCAAAAAGCAACCCGGAUUGGUGACUCGCAAGAACGGCGAUCUGCUGGAAAAGGCCUAGGCAAGGUCUCACUGAACGACAUCGAAGCGGCACUGCCAUUCUGCACCCAUCUCGUCUACGGGUAUGCCGCCGUCGAUCCGGAAUCGAACAAAGCAGUAUCUCGCAAUCCAAACCUGGAUCUGGACACCGGAAAGGGAAACUUCCGACUGGUUACACAGCUGAAGCGCAAAUAUCCUGCCCUCAAAGUUCUCCUCGGCAUUGGCGGUUACCGUUUCUCGGCUCCGUCGCCCAAAUAUUUGGAACUGCUCGAGACAGGUGCCGCUCGUAUCACCUUCAUUAAUAGUGUUUACUCGCUGGUGAAGACGUAUGACUUCGAUGGCAUCGACCUGGCCUGGCAGUUCCCGCAAAAUAAACCGAAGAAAAUCCGUUCGACUACCGGAAAAUUGUGGCAUGGUUUCAAAAAAGUUUUUAGCGGUGACCAAGUGCUAGAUGAGAAGGCUGAUGAGCAUCGUGAGGAAUUUACCGCAUUGUUACGUGAGCUGAAAAAUGCUUUCCGUUCGGAUGGAUACCAGCUCGGACUCACGGUGCUACCGCACGUGAACGCCACCAUCUUCAUGGAUAUUCCGGCAAUCAUCAACUAUUUGGACUUUGUAAACAUUGACGCCUACGACAUGCAAACACCGGAACGCAAUCCUAAGGAAGCCGAUUUUGCUGCCCCUCUGUAUGAGUUGAACGAACGUGUUUUCGGAAACAACGUGGAUGGAUUGGUUAAACUUUGGUUGGCUAGCAACGCCCCAGCUUCGAAAUUGAUUGUAAGCAUUCCAACACACGGUCGUGGAUGGAAGAUGACCGAAGAUUCCGGAUUGACGGGUGUUCCACCGUUGACCGCUGAUGGAGCUGGACCGGCUGGACCGCAACUGCAGCAGGAAGGAUUCUAUAAUUGGGCUGAAACACCAACAGGGACCAAUGUUUUUAUAACACUGGCGCCCAACUAAAAAUCCCACACGAAAAUUUUUUGAUUUGUGUAUU